AUGGAUAAGCGCCGAGCUUUUGGUCAAGCUGAGAAAAGCUCCGGCGAAGAGGUAAAACAAGAAAUAAGUGAUAAUCAAUCAACUCCACGAGGGAGUCUCACUGAGAGCGGCUGUACAGUUGAGCCAAAUACUACGGCCAGUACGGAUAAGCGGAAAGCGGUUUUCCAAACUUGCGGAGUCGCCAUGGCGGGAGUUGGAACUCUGGAACCUUUCGACUUGCUAACCCCUGGGAAAUGGAAGGCGUAUCGAGAUCGCUUCGAGCUGUACCUUUUAGCGAAUGGCAUCAUGGACAAGGAUCGGAAGAAGGCGGCGUUUCUUACACUAGCGGGCGCACCCCUUUAUGAGUUACUAGUGUCGUUAGCAUCACCCAGGCAAGUCAGUGAUUUGGAAUUAACAGAAGUCUAUGAUAUAUUAACCAGUCACUUGGUACCACGCCAAUCGGAGAUUGCUGCAUUCUACCAUUUCCACAAGCGUGAUCAGCAACCCGACGAGUCCGUCGGUAACUACAUGGCCACAUUAAGAAGCCUGGCGGUAGGGUGCAAUUUCGGGCAGAUGCUGGAUCGCAUGUUGCGGGACCGAUUUGUGUGUGGCAUGCGCGACGAAGGUCUUCAGCGAAGCCUGCUAGCCGACCCCGAAUUGACGGUGCAGCGGGCCAUGGAACGAGCCGUCACUAGUGAAGCAGCCGCUGCGAGUGCGUUGUCGAUUCGAGGCGACAAUAUCCGACGCCUCGAGUCUUCGAGCACCGAGUCCAUCCACGGAAUAAGUUCGAGUUGUGCGGGUUGUGGGGGUCGGCAAGUCCGUAAGAAGUGCCCGUUCCGCAACGCCACUUGUCAUUCCUGUGGUCGAACUGGCCACAUACGUCGGGUAUGCCGCAGUAACAGUCAAGCUGGGUCAACAAAAUCGUCAUCUCCUACGCCCAGUAAUAUGCGUAACAACAGGCCAUCGCACGGACGCGUUCAUCAAAUAGUUCCGGUGGUCAGCCCCAAGAAAUCUGUGGCCGUGGUCAUCAACGGUCGAUCAUGCCAGUUCGAAGUGGAUUCCGGGUCGCCCGUCACCAUCAUGAAGGAGUCUUCGUAUCGAUACAUCUGGCCAAAUGGUAAUCCCGAUCUCGUCAAGUGCCACCUAAAGCUAAGCGACUAUCAACGUAACCCCAUUCCGGUCAAGGGAAUCACCGACACGUCAAUCCACUACAACAAUCGCCGUAUCUGCAAUCUGCCAUUGGUCGUCACGUCCGGCACCGGGACAAACCUUCUAGGAUGCAACUGGUUUGAACCCCUCGGAAUCCGCAUAGAAGGCAUUCAUGGCGUGCAGUGCGGCAAUGGUAUCGCGGAAAUUCUAAGAAAAUUCGACCAUUUGUUUUCAUCAGAACUUGGCCGGUAUACGGGGCCGCCAGUGGCCCUCAAAGUGGACCAGGAAGUUCCGCCGGUCAGACUACCACCGCGUCGAAUUCCUUACGCACUCCUCAAGCCAUAUGAAGAAUAUGCUAUUAGAUAG